CAUGUUCCGUAGACAAAAACAACAGAAAGUGCGUGCGCGCUCCCGUCUUUAAGCGCGUCAUGUGUACGUGCUACGUACGAACCCGAGUGACAAACAGGCCACGCCGCGCGUGCCAGCUUCUGUGACAGCGGCGGCGCUGGAGACGAGACGAAGGAGCGCGCUGAGAGAGCGCGGCCACACGCCGCCCUUGAAGAGUUUGUUGGCGGCGCAAACUCCGUGUAAACAGACUAGGAACUGUGGUGGAAGAGCGCGAGAGCGGAGUGGCGGACAGACGCACGACGACGGCGACAAGGAGGAGCCGCCGCGGCCCGAAGAGGGCAGCUCGGCAGCGGCGAUGAACUGACCGCGCGUCCGUCCGUCCGUCCGUCCCUCCCUCCCUGACUCCUCGUCAGUCUGGGGACAUACAGACAGCGCGCGAGGAGCGGCGCGAGCGCCACCGGGGACGAGCUCGGCCCGGGUCACGGUGACGGCCGCGAUGCUGGUGGCAUGAGGGCGUCCGGCAUGCUCUAGGUGCCGAACACAGUGCCAUGGAGGGACUGAAGAGUGAGCAGCGAGAGGAGCUGGCGUCCACUGCGACAACGGCGGUAGGACAGGAUGGAGCGGCGCCCCACCCCCAGGGCAGCUGGUCCUCGCCAGGGGGCACAGGCCCCGAGACGCAGCAGGAGCCCGAAGGGGGCGAGGCCUCGGACGGCACUGAAAUGGAGGCCUCGCCCGGCACCCCGCACUGGGACGGCAGCUCCCAGGAAGACGACGUGGAGCGGCCCGAGGUGCGACUGGAGCCGGGCAGCAGCAGUUUUAGCACGCCGGACACCAGCAGUCCUGCGGCAUCCAGCAGCUACACGGACCUCUCGCAGACAUCCUCUCCCUCGCUGUCGGAACAGCUGCGCCUGGGCCGCGACGACUCUGCCGGCUCGGGGAUCAACGUCGAGUGCCGCAUCUGCGGAGACAAGGCCUCGGGCUUCCACUACGGCGUCCACGCCUGCGAGGGCUGCAAGGGCUUCUUUCGACGCACAAUUCGCAUGAAGCUUGAGUACGAGCGCUGCGAGCGCAGCUGCAAGAUCCAGAAGAAGAGCCGCAACAAGUGCCAGUACUGCCGCUUCCAGAAGUGCCUGGCGCUAGGCAUGUCUCACGAUGCGAUCCGAUACGGCCGCAUGCCGGAGGCGGAGAAGCGGAAGCUCGUGGCUGGGCUGCUCGCGGGGGAAUGUGACCCCCAGAGCCCCGGCAGCUCGGACCUCAAGACGCUGGCGAAGCAUGUGAACGAUGCCUACCUGAAGAACCUGAACAUGACCAAGAAGAAGGCCCGCAGUAUCCUGACUGGCAAGACCAGCGCGACCCCGCCGUUUGUGAUCCACGACAUGGAGUCGCUGUGGCAGGCUGAGAACGGGCUCGUGUGGAAUCAGCUCAUCAACGGCGCGCCCACCAACAAGGAGAUUGGCGUGCACGUCUUCUACCGCUGCCAGUGCACCACGGUGGAGACGGUGCGUGAGCUCACAGAGUUCGCCAAGAACAUCCCCGGCUUCGUGGACCUCUUCCUCAAUGACCAGGUGACGCUGCUGAAAUACGGCGUGCACGAGGCCAUCUUCGCCAUGUUGCCCUCGCUGAUGAACAAGGACGGCUUGCUGGUAGCGGACGGACGCGGUUUUGUGACACGCGAGUUCCUGCGCAGCCUGCGCAAGCCUUUCAGCGAGAUAAUGGAACCUAAGUUUGAGUUUGCUGUCAAGUUCAACGCUCUGGAGCUUGAUGACAGCGAUCUCGCCCUCUACGUGGCUGCCAUCAUCCUGUGUGGGGAUCGCCCAGGCCUGAUCAACGUGAAGCAGGUGGAGGAGAUCCAGGACAGCAUCCUCCAAGCGCUGGACCAGCAUCUGCGAGCGAGCCACUCGGACACACCGCACCUCUUCCCGAAGCUGCUGCAGAAGAUGGCUGACCUGCGGCAGCUGGUCACGGAGAACGCGCAACUCGUGCAGAAGAUCAAGAAGACGGAGGCAGAGACGUCGCUGCACCCGCUGCUGCAGGAGAUCUAUAAGGACAUGUACUGAGGCGCUGCUCCGCACCAAUGCAGCCCCCUUUAAUUUAAAGACCUCUACAGUAUACACAUCUACAUGAUGUUUUUAAAGGUCAAGGGAGACGAGGGUCAAGGGUUCAACGUGAUCAACGGAGACGCGUUACCGUGGCGAUAACCAGCACUCAGGGUGUACGUGUGACUGAAGUGGAGCCACAUCCCUUCGGGGCUGACACGCUCAGAAUGGGUCGGCCCUGCCCCCACCCACUCGAGAAAGCACGGGGCUCUGCUUUUCCGCCUGUUGUGGCACAAGUGGGGCUGCCCGAAGGAGCUCUUUGAAGGGAAGCGCGCCAGUGACAUCCUCGGCACGGUAGCUCUCACAGGUGGUAAAGGCGACUAAACGGUUUUCUUAAAGACCCGUCAGGAACAGGAAGCAAACUUCACAUUGGAGGUUGAUGUUUUUCCGCCUCCUGAAACAUACUCCAUGGUGGUUCGAGGACCAGGACCCAGUGCUGAAUUUCAGGCCUCGACGCGAUGCUCCCUCUAGCUGUCGUCAUUAAUGCCGCGGAUACAGCGCUCUAACUACUAAUGAAAAAUACAUUUCUGCUGUUGCAGGAGCUGCUUGAGUACAUAAUUCAAAAUAAUUACUAAGGCAUUUCAGAUUCUGGCCAUUUUGAUGUUUCUGUGAUCCCUGCGUGGCCAUUUUUUUAUUAUGAAGUGAGACGUGUCACCCGUGAGCAGAGGAGCUGCCGAAGGUCCCUUGUUGGACAUCGUUGGCCUUGUUGAGUGUUUCACUACGAAGGUGUGGCUAAAGCUCAAAGUUACAGUGCUGAAGUUUAGCUGUCAAAGAAAAGCAUUCACUGACGAGGAAUUUGGGUUUUGCCCCUUUGUUAACCCUCCCGCCGCACAUCCCAGGUCAACACUGGCUGUUUUGUCCUUGCAUUAAUUGUUUGCUUUGCAACAGCAAAGCUGCACAAAUGAGUUUUGUGUGUGUGGUUUUUUUUUUUUUUUUUUUUUAAAACAAUGGAUAUUAUCUCCCAAUAGAAAUUCCCUGUGUUUCCCUUUGUUUCCGUACCAAAUAUCAUCUGUAGGGUAAUUUAGGCAUGCCUCAGGGGUCACCUCCAAGGACAGUGCUUUUUUUGAGAACUUUGAUUUUUGGGAAACUCUUAAUUCCAGGAGUUCUGAGCUUUGACAGUGUUACACAUUUUCUGUGUUUUACUUUUUCACAACAAAAGAAUCUAGACCUCAGGCCCCGAGGGCUGGACCCACUUAACACUUGUGUGUGUUUUUUGAACUCCUUUUACCAGACUUCACAGUUCUGAGGGGUAUUGGCUAAGAACUUGAACAUGUGCUUUUUGGCCCUCUAGGAAAAAAGCCAGCAGGAUUAUUAUUUUGUGUAAAACCUCAAGGAGCAGAAGUGGUCUCGUUGAUGGACACAGUGGCGCAGAAAAUUGUAUCAUUGGGCGUCUUCCGCUUGCCCGCAAAAAAGAGGUGUGUUUGUGAAUGUGCUUCACCUGUGUGAUAGCUGAGGAUUGUUGGCAGUAAGGAGUCGAACGUCCUGCUUUACUGCUGCUGAGCGGAGUGUGUGGAGUGUGUACUGGGUGGGCUAAUGUUGGCUCUUUCCGGUCGCCUGUUGUUCUCGCAGGCGCUGCAUUGACAGCCCCUCUCUGAGUGUGUGCGCUGCUUGUGAGAAGAGUCCCAUGGCUGUAUGAGGGCAGGGCGCACGACGCUUCCAGGUAUACCCCGGCCGCGGUCGGUGUCACUCUACAGUCUUUCUCGGUUGUACUCAGUAUUGCUGCCUCGGGGCGCUCCGCUGUCCGCUUGGCCUUUCUGCUCGCACACAGUUUAGGUGUCACGUAUGUUCUAGAUCGCCGCUGCUGUCCCAGCAGCAGUGAGAGAACAUUGUGUAAACUGUACGUCUCACAGUCCCCGUCCUCGACGUGUCUACGGUCCCCCGCGGGACAGGGCUCUUGUUUUGCUCGGCCUUGGACCCCGAACCUUGGCAAAGUUCUCACUGCCAAUAGGAUGUUUCAGCCUCUUUGUUUUUGUGACCCGCCAGGAGAGAGGUGAGCAGUGAGGUGUAUCGGCGGAAGCGGCAGCCACCGUGCUUCCUGUUGAGCUUCGCUAAGGAACAAUGCCUUUUGGCCUCUGCGGGAUGCGGGCGUGUGGGAUUUGACCCUCUAACCCCAAGUGUUGCUAGUCCUCCCUCUCCCCUCAGCCAAUCUGAGCUUCAUCUCAUGAGUGACGAGCUUUCUCUCAAAGCCCCCUGUGAAUCUACCUCUGCCAGUGCUUCCCUCCUGUCCAUGGGACACAACCACACUCACAUUUCCUCACACAGUUUUCCUCUUUGCCUGUAGCUGUGGAUCGAAGUCGUCCGUCGAUUUGUGCAGAGUUACUUGUUCUGGGAAGUAAAGAGCUCAGUACCUGCCCCAGGUGCUCACAUCAUCAGAUCCACUGGCGGUGUCACGCAUGGCCACACGUGCAGAUGUCGUUCAGCAGCACAUAUCAUAUGAAGGAGAUGUGUGCUUGCAGGUGUGCGGCCACAAAUCCCUCUCCCCACACCACCACCAGAGGGGGCCGUGCAGCACAAGUUGGCUGAACAAAAGCACCAAGAUGGAUGGAACCAAGUGACCUUCCCUAUGCUUCCAGCACAAGUGGGACCUCAGUUAUACCACGCUCACCCGGCUCCUCACUGGACACACCCUCAGCCAGCUCUUUGGAACUCUGUCCGUCACCACGUCGUGCACGUCCCUCGCUCUCAGUAGGUGGGCUUGUGUCUGCACUCCCUAAACCUUCGUCCAUGUGAGGAACCUAAAAACACAGUUACUGAUGUGCUAGUGACAUCGGUCCCUGAUGGUUAUCGAGUUGCUCUCCGCCCUUGUUUGUUCGCCUUGGAGGCGCCAGGGGGUGCUCACGUGGCCUCCAGCCCAGCCUUAACUCGUCGAAGGCUUACGUUGUGCACGUGACACGUCCCUUGGGUCGAAGCUCAGUUCCUGAGCACUUUUGCCUUUAAGGUGAGGGAUUGCACACAGGGAGCGAGGGCUCUGCGGUGCCACGGCGCCUCCGCUGGCAGCAGGAGAGCAGUGCAGCUGAACACAGCACUAAUUGAGAGGAUACACAGCACACCGCCUCCUCAGUUCGGGACCAGAAUAAUCGGUUAGUACCUCGGUUUGGUCACAAUUUCAAAGUAUAACUAAAUUAAAAUUACUCAACGCCUGUAUCUCUUUGCCAUAAACUUCUGUCUGCGGCUGAUUGGUCACCGAUUCGUCCCGUAAACACGAACGGCGUUCUGCAUCUUGUUAUUGAUCCACACUCAGGAACACCAGGCACAAGCUGUAAAUACCGUGGAAGUGAGUUGAAUUAAGACGGUACCACACUCCCACACUGCCACCUGCCGCUUUGAGAACCUAAACAUCACAUUCACACGGCUAGAGACAGAUUUUAGAGUGGAACGGUCAAGAGAAUGGACAUGUCAAUAAACUGGAAAAUGUAUCUUGGAAUAUUAUGUGAGGAGACCGUGUACAUAUGUUUAUAGUUGGUUCUUCAGCUCUUUCCUCAUCCAUUUCCCAGGGAUUCAGAUAAACAUUGGAACUGUUGGGGGAUGUGUUUGGCAUCGUAUUUUACACCAACUGAUGGCAACGCAUCCUCUGUGUGUGCAUGUAUGCGUUCAUAUCUAAACGCACUAACGUUGGCAGCACUCCCCGAAGACAUGUAACAAUCCAUGAACUACAGAUGCAGCAGGAAAUCACUCCUACACAUGUUCCUUCUUUGUAAUGGUUGUAUUGUUCAUAUGGUCCUUGUCCCUGGGCAAUGUUGGUGUCCCAUGACACUUCAGAGCAUUUUCCCAGAUGUUUUAAUUUAAAAAAAUAAACCUCAGUUUUAUC